CGCGAAUUUGCAUUUCGCAACUCGCCAUCUCCGAACUCUCCUAGCCCCUUUCGGAACUCCUCUUCUCCUUCUCCUUCUCCUUCUCCUUCUCUCUCCUGCACAGCACCACCAAAUCCGCAGGUGGAGAGCGUUCGUUGGCGACCUCUUCCCUUCCGCUAGGGUUCGCGGAUUCGACACGCGGCGCGCGCUUUGCAUGACGAGCGCUUCGGAGCUGUUCUACAACCGGAGAUCUCGCCUGCAGCGCGCCUCGGCGGCGGCGGCGGCGGCGACCGCGGGGUUUGAUCAGGGGUUAGGGUUCGAUGACGCCCCCGAUCGGAACCUCCACCCUCGCCGCCACCAUCACGCUCACAGGCAUGACCUGGACGGCUGCGAUCCUCUCCGGCGGUCCCCGCACGUGCGCCCCCGGGGCUCCCACUCCGAACGAGUGUCAAAUUGGGUAGGGCAAGGUACUUCUGCUUCUGGCAAUAGCACAAAUAUGCACCCUCUGAGCAGUGUGAGGAGACCUGGUAAUUCCACAAAUGAAAGGCUUCCUGGUUCUGUGCUGCUUGCUAGGGAAAGACUUCUUGAAAGGCUUAGAGGGGUCUCUCUUUCUGGAAACAGGCGAAGCAGCAGAGAGUCCUCCUCCACGAAUCAUCAAGAAAAUAUGUACGAUGAUCGUUGGAGGCUGGCAGAAAUAAGUGAUUGGGGAGUUGAAACUUCGAUGCAGUCUUCGACUGUAAGUUCUCACGUUAUUGGCUUGUCCUUGCCACCGGAGCCAAUAAUGACAAUGAGCAUGAAGAAGCCGCCUGGCCUGAGUCAGGAUGCGAUAGACCAUUUGCAACAGGAAUUCUUUGACUGUGCCGAUAAGGGUGCACGAGGACAUGUGGACGGGGUCAAGCAAGAAUGCUGUAUCUGUCUCGAGAGUUUUUUGGAAGGCGAUAGACUCACGUGUUUGCCCUGUGAGCACAAAUUCCACUCUGCUUGCUUGGUUCCGUGGGUCCGAACUUGCGGCGACUGCCCAUAUUGUCGCGAAGCCAUAACUGUAAGUACUAGCCAAACCAGAUGAGAGGAAAUCGUGUGGGUAAUUAGAUUUCGAUUUUCUUAACUCUUUUCUCGCUUGCCUGUCAGUUCUUCCACUUGAAAGUACUCGGAGAGUUUGACCUAUAGGUGAUGAUUCCGUAUCAUUCUGCGUUUUGUGUCAUGGAGAUUGUAUCACAUAGCAACUCUCAAACACUGAUGAUGUGGACAUUUUUUCCCCA